UGCACUCUGUGCAGGCGGUGCAGAUGUAGCUGUAGUCAUAUGACAAUUAAAUUAGUCCAGUUAAAGUAGUGACACAGUCAGAUCUAUAGUCAGUGUUCAUUAUAGGUUGGAGCAGAUGGUUGGUUUUAUCUAGCUCAUUCAGCGGUGAGAAAAGCUGCGCGUGUGAUCAUGACAGAGGUAAAGAAAGAGGUGUUCGGAGCCGUCCCCGAACUAGGUUCCGUAGAAAAGUGGACUUUGAGCACAGACAGUCUCUGUGUGGAGGUCAUCUCUCUGGGUUGUAUCGUAACGGCAAUAAAGACCCCCGAUCGGCAGGGCCACUUCGAGGAUGUUGUGCUUGGUUUUGAUGAUUUAGAAAGUUACGUGUCAAACCCACGCUAUUUUGGUGCAGUGGUGGGCCGGGUUGCAAACCGGAUUGCCAAAGGCCGCUUCUCCAUAGACGGACAGCAAUACAAACUCGCUGUGAACAAUGGGCCUAACGCUCUCCAUGGGGGCCUACAGGGAUUUAACAAGGCAUUGUGGACGAGCGAAAUCGUGAAGAACGGAGUCAAAUUCAGCCACUGCAGCCCUGAUGGAGACGAAGGUUACCCUGGAAACCUGCGUGUGUCUGUCACCUAUUCCUUGGACAAACACACUCUAAGCGUCCAUUACAGCGCCCACACAGACAAAACAACACCUGUCAACCUCACCAACCACUCUUACUUUAACCUGGGAGGACAGGGCAAAGUUGAUAUUUAUGACCAUGAGGUAACUAUGUCAGCCCAGGCUUACCUGCCCGUUGAUGACACAAUGAUCCCAACAGGAGAGGUGAAGUCGGUGGAAAACACGCCCUUUGACCUCAGAGCACCCGUUCUGAUUGGCUCCCGAUUGAAGGAACUUCCUGGUCCUGGAUUUGACCACAACUUCUGUCUGUGGGAGCCAGCGCAACCAUGCGCCAGGGUGGUGCACCCGAGAGGGGCGGUUCUGGAGGUGAGCACCACCCAACCAGGAGUCCAGUUCUACACCUCCAACUUUCUGGAUGGAACCCUGCGAGGUAAAGGUGGAGCCUGCUACCCCAAACACAGCGCCUUCUGCCUGGAGACCCAGAACUGGCCUGACGCAGUCAACCAGCCACGGUUUCCUGAUGCCCUGUUGAGGCCUGAAGAGGAAUAUUCACACACCACUCACUUCAAAUUCACUGUGGUCUAACCAGAGAUGUUCACAAGUCAUUUUUUUGGAAGUCCAAGUCGAGUCUCAAGUCUUUGGCCAUCUGAUUUCUCCCUAACACUGUAUUGUUAAAUUUUAUGCUGCCAUCCAUACAGUACAGUAUCAAAAUCAGUUGUAGGAUAACUUCAUGGGGUUUCUGCCUGCACUGCAAUCUGAAGAAACUCUUCAGAAUCUGAAGAACUGCAAUCUGAAGAACUCUUGUUUAUUUUGCUUGCCACUCAUAAAAUCUGCAUGAUACAACUGACAUAUGUGUAGUGUGGGGAAAUGAUUCUAAUACUGCAAUGUGCAAGCUUGGAAUUUCAUAAUUUUAGGGGCAAGGCCACUUGGCCUUCAGUUGGGCAUAUUUGGUGUGGGGCACAAAGGCCACAUGUCAGGGCACCAAGGCCAAAGUUAACUAUACAGUAGUAGGCUAUAAAAAUUAUAAAAGUUGUAUUUAGCCUAUUCACAGCAGUAGACUUGCAUCACUAUGAAACAUGACAAAAUCAUGAAACAUGACAUAUUACAUAGAAUAUGAUCAGAAUCAUCUGAUUUUAAUAUUUACAGAUAUCUAGGCUAUAUUUAACAUUUAUUUUCUAUUUGGCCUGUCAUGAAAUCAUGUAUUGAACAAUUUAGCACAAUUCACUAGAACAAUUUAGUGAAUUUGGACGCACUUUCUUUCUUGCCGUGCGCUGUCACUUUCUCCACUGUGUAAAAGACUAAAUUAUUUUGCACUGUGAAUGCUAAGAUUAUUUUGACAGGCCAUAGGCCCAAUAAAAUAUGCUAUUAGUCGGAUGCAAAGCAGAAUAUUGAAAGAAGGGGGCACCAAGGCCACAUUGACCUGUGAACCUCUGAUUUUCAAAGAGGCAUCACGGACAUUGUAGCAUGCAAUGACGCCAUGGCCGUCUUGAAAUUCCAACCCUGUCUAUCAUAUUUUUUUCUGAAAUAAAAUGUGGGCAGCCAAGAGUGGAUGUGAAACUGAAAAUCAUGUAUGCUUUAAUGGAGUUGGCUUAAUUUUCUUUACAUCCAGAACUUACAUUGGUUCUCCAAUUUAGGACAUCGUAUAGUCUAAUGCUAACACAUCCCACCACAGCUUUCGGACCUGGUGAAAUAUUAACCUAAGUCUGUCACAUCAUAUGGCCAACUACAAAUAUGCAAUCUUCCUGUUCCCAGCAUUAGCAUAACAGUUUGUGGUUUUUAUCUUGUCACCUGUGACAAUAUGUUAAGUUUAACGUCUCUUUCACAUCAGUAGCCUAAGUCCUAUCUGGGUGCAUUUUGAAAUGGCUGAUGAAAUUUGACGUUGUUGAACCGGCACCAUUAUCCUGGUGUCAUACACACUGCAUGUAGCUGUUCGCUUAUUUUCACUGUGCACGAAGUUUUUGUAACCAAAAGUAGCCUAGUGACAAAAAACCAGCAACAGUGGCAGCAACGCACAACUCCGCGAGGACUUGGUGUCGCCAUGGUCAAGGCGUUUCUGUGAGUGCACGCACAUAGCGCAUGUACGUUGCACAUUAUGGCAAAGGGGACAGCUCGCUAUACGUUUCCCCAAUGUAUGUACCAAUACAAUUAAAUAUAAAUACAUGAAUACAUUUAAAAAAGCAAUAAUUGCAUGAAAUACAGGUUGUUCACGACUCGCGAGUUUCGAAGCUCGAGUCCGAGUCAAGUCUGAAGUCUGAGGUGGAGUCGCAAGUCAAGUCUGAAGUCACUGUGCGACUUAAGUGCGACUUGAGUCCAAGUCUCAGACUCGAGUCCAUCUCUGGGUCUAACACACACUUCUGUCAUCUCUAGUAUACCACAUACACUCCCAUAAUUCUCAUUAAUAUGAAGAUCAAAACUACACCAGCUCCCUCAUUCAAAUCUCAGGUGGCACACACACACUCACACCCACACACAGAUGAACACAAUACUAGGACCAAACACACACACACAGAUGAACACAAUACUACAACCAAUCACACACAAACAAUUCAAUCAUGCUGCUUUUGAGAAGAGAUUGUGACUUCUAAUAAAAGGAAAAGGUGAUUCUGAAA